GCUUGAGAUGUCCGUCAAAGACAGCCCUAUCGUCAAGAUGGACGUGGACUGCCCGUCGAACCUCAAGAGAUCCAACAGUGCGCCUAUGAUCAACGAUAUUAAUGCUUCCAUUGCCGGAUCGCCGUGCGCAACUCUGUCGAGAGAAAAUACGUGUAACAUAUUUUUACGAAAUGUACAACCACGCUUCCGUAGAUUUAGCACAAGUGGAAGUCCUCAUAAUGUAAUGCCAAAUACUUCACCAAAAUUAGUUCAUAGAGUUAAUCAGCUGCGACAGGAAGAAACUGUUGAUAUGAUUAAUAGAGAAGUGGCUCAUGAAAGAGAAAUACACUCUGCCAUGCAAAUAUCACAAUCAUGGGAAGAUUUAUCUAUCAUGAUUGAUUCACCAACAAAGACAGAUGAAGGACAAUUUGGUAAACAGCCUGGCGGAAUGUAUGGUAGAUCUAAUGUAUAUGAUCCACUGCAUUUAAAUUUUUCAAUGACUUCUGCUCCAUCAUCGCCAUCGCCAACCAGAUCAUUGAGACAUUGCGUAUCACCAUCACUUUUCAAACCCAAUUUAUCCCCUAGUCCUACUCGUAAAACUUUUACAUCAGGUUUAUGUUUUAGACGAAGCUUGAGCCCUAUUUCAAUGCGUCCUAGCACUUUAGGACCUGUUAAAAGGAAAUGUGACAUGGACGACUAUGAACCAAUUCCAAAGAAAUGGGGAUUACUGAUUACCAAUAACAGGCCUGAACCAAUGCAAGUGGCCGGUAUUGUUCCUACAACAAUGAAUGCAACUUUAGUUACAGAUUCCAUAUGUAGCAGCAGUGGUGAUUCUUCUAACAGUAACCAUUCAUUUUCCUUUAGACCAUUGCAAUCUCUAAUGGAUGAAUCAAAAAGUAAUUCCCAAUAACUACAAUAUUUUUACAAAAAUUAUAAUUUCACAUUUUACUGUUAACUAUUAUAAUUUUGGUUAUUAUUAUUAUUUUAUUAUUAUUACAGUAACAAUAAUUAUUUUUAUUAUUAUUACAAUUAUUAUUAUCAUUACUAUUAUUAUUAUUAUUAUAAUUAAAAUUAUUAUUAUUAUCAUGACUCGAUUUUACAAAUGUCUAAACCAAUUUAAAAUAAUAUUGUUAUUAAAAAUUGUUUUUGACUAGUCCCAUGUAUAUAAAUUAGCAUUUAAUUAAUAAUGAUUUUAACAAAAUUGCAUUAUUCUGUUGGUAUCAAUUUGGAAUUUUGUUAAAAUCAAAUUAAUAUAAAAUGCUAAAAUUUUAGUUUUUUAAUAUUUUAUUUUGUAUUUUUUAAAACUACCUCUAUCAUAUAUCAUUAUUCAUUAUUAGGGCUUGGUUAAUCGUAUCCUAAAAUAUGCUAAGUUAAGCAUUUUAAAAAUCAUGAUUUUAUGUCACAAACAUGUUGAAAUACUGUUAUUAAAAAAAUUUGUUGACAAGUCCAAUGUAUAUAUAAUAUCAUUUAAUUAAUGUUGAUUUUAACAAAAUUACAUUAUUCUACUGAUGUAAAUUUGGAAUUUUGUUGAAAUCUAAUUAAUAUAUAAUCUUUAGUUUUUAUUAUUUUUUUUUAUUUUUAAACCGUGUCUAUCAUUAUUAUAACUGGGUUAAUCAUACCCUAAAAUAUGCUAAGCUAAGCAUUAUAAAAAUCAUGAUUUUUUUAUUAAAAACACCUGUACAUGUUGAAAUUUGUUACUAAAAAAAAUUGUUGACUAGUCCAAUGUAUAUAAAAUAUAAUUUAAUUUAUGUCGAUUUUAACAAAAUUACAUUAUUCUACUGAUGUAAUUUUGGAAUUUUGUUGAAAUCUUAUUAAUAAUGUUUAAUUUUUACUUUUUAAAACUGCCUCUAUCAUUAUUAUAGCUGGGUUAAUCAUAUCCUAAAAUAUGCUAAGUUAAGCAUUAAAAAUGAUUUUUUUUUUUACUUUUAAUUGGUAUAAUAUGUUUUUUGUUUUCUAAUGUUUUUUUUAUAACAAAAAAAUAUAAAUUGUUAAAGCAAGACUGAAAUACCGUAUUAAAAUUGAUAUUGUAUAUUUGUGUUUGGUCUUUAAUGUAUAUUUUGGUUAUGAAAAAUCAUUAAAACUCUAAAUUUCAAGUACUGACUUAACUGAAAAAAAAUAAUACAAUGUUGCUAGUUAGAAUUAAACGAAACAUAAUAUGUUAUUAUACCUAUCAAGCUAUACUAGUAUAAGUCUUCGAAAAUAUUUAUGGUAGUUUCGAUUUUUAAAAGCAGUCUUAUCUUGGAAUGCUAUAGCAGAGGUCAGCUACAUAAUAUAAUCUAUACAUAUAAAAAAAAAAGUAAUCCAAAACAAUACUUUAUUGUGUUCCUUACUUGUUAGUCGUUGUUAUGUUUUGUUUAUGUGAAGCCUACCUAUAUUUCCACAAUCAUGUCCUUUGUGCAUUGUAUUGAACAUGUACAAUCUGCAUUCUACGGUGUUAAGUGUAAGGUUUAAACUAUGUAAUUUGUAUAUAUUUUUUUAAUUGUUUGUGUAUAAUAUAUUUUGUUAUGUGAACACAGUUAAAAACUAAAAUAAUUUA